UUCCUUUCACUGAUCUACAUUUUGUUACGCGUAACACCGUUUUAUGACAAGCUACUGGUGCUAAAGGUUUUCUGGUCUUGCAAAGUUAGGUUAGGUUUCGAAUCUAGCGGUAACCAGGUGGAGGUGCGUGGUGAAUCUGUUUCUGGUACCCGCUGUAUAAGAAUCUGGAUGGGCCCAAGUGCCGGUAUGGACCAUUGACGAAGAGACUACUCUUCCCAUGCAGAGAAUCGAUCCCAGGCCAUCCAGUCCGCAUACUGGAUAGUUUUAAAAGUACUCCCGGACAUUCUUCUGAAGUGACCACACCCGUUUUCGUCCAGGUCGCACGAGCUGACACUCCAGUCUAUAAUCUGACUGCGCCAAUGUUUCACGAGGACUGUGUUUACUUUAUACCUUCGUAUCACGAAUCUGUAUCAAUUGAGAGGAUAAUUUUGAAGGAUGGACCCGGAUGAAUGUGGUUUUCUGAUCCAAUGUGGUCAGACGAAGGAUCUGAAAUAAAACACGGAAACCGUUUGUUGAAAUAAGUUCCGGCCGGGAUUUGAACUGGGGAUCCGCUGGCCAAAGUUGAUUUGUCUCCCCUCUCCCUCUUCGUGUUCGAUGAAGAUUGUCCUGUUUGUUGUGCGAGUGAGACUGUGUGUUACGUAAGUGUGUGUCACGUGUCGCGGAGUUAUAAAUAGGCACUAUCAGUUUGGUACUAAUGUCUGACUGAGCGCUACACACAACUGUAAUGGCGUCCUCGACUGAAGAGUUUGAAAGUGUGGAGAAAGUGUUAUCUGAGCAUUUGCCCGCGGAACAGUUGGUAGAGGUGAAAAGGCUGUUUUACGGGAAAGAAUUGCAAGCCCUGAGCAUUCCCGUCGAAGCUGAGAAACUUGCUGUGAAUCACGACUUCGAGAUUCAGGGUUUCAAGUUCGAAGCCCAAACUGAGCAGUUACGGGCUCCCAGAGUUAUUCGAGUGGGUAUAAUUCAGAACCACAUUGUACUUCCAACAAGUGCCUCGCUGAAGGCUCAAAGAGACGCGAUCCAUGAGCGUGUUGCGACUAUUGUGGAGGCGGCAGCUUUGUGUGGAGUCAACGUGCUGUGUCUCCAAGAGGCUUGGCCAUGCCCGUUCAUGUUCUGUACGCGAGAGAAGGAACCAUGGUGCGAGCUGGCCGAAUCAGCUGAUGACGGACCGAGCACGCAUUUCUUACAGCGUCUCUGUCGGCAGUACAAUAUGGUCAUAGUGUCCCCCAUCUUGGAACGGGAUGUGGACCGCGAAGACAUCCUGUGGAACACUGCUGUUGUGAUCUCUCAUACUGGUCGGGUGUUGGGGAAACACCGAAAAAACCACAUCCCCAGAAUUGGAGAUUUCAACGAGUCCACGUAUUACAUGGAAGGAGACACAGGACAUCCAGUUUUUGAAACCAAGUUUGGAAGAAUCGCUGUGAACAUUUGCUAUGGUCGACAUCAUCCACUUAAUUGGCUCAUGUUUGGAUUAAAUGGAGCUGAGAUUGUCUUCAAUCCAUCUGCAACUGUUGGUAAACUUAGUGAACCAUUAUGGGGAAUCGAAGCACGUAAUGCGGCCAUCGCGAAUGGGUAUUUCACCUUUGCCAUUAACCGAGUCGGAACUGAGUUGUACCCCAAUGAAUUUUCGUCUGGAAAUGGGCAACCUGCCCACAAAGAUUUUGGGCAUUUUUAUGGGUCUAGCUACGUAGCUGCCCCAGAUGGCAGCCGCACACCAGGACUCAGUCGUGUUCGAGAUGGUUUGAUGGUGGCUGAAUUGGAUCUUAACAUUUGCAGACAGAUGAGAGAUUACUGGGGAUUCCAAAUGACACAACGGUUACCUCUGUAUGCACAGUCUCUACAUAAAUAUCUGUCUCCUGGUUACAAACAGCAGAUCAUAAAGGAGAAAUAAGUAUACUUGAGAGAAACAUCAGAUAAAGUUUAUGUUAUUUCUGAAACAACAGACAGUACGGAACAGAAGAUUACUGUGAAUGUUGCUUACUAAACAGAUGAGUAUCUUAUGUAAGGAAUAGUGAAAUAAUAAACAUACUUUUCAUUAUAUUGCAAGGGUGAUGUUGCAAAUAUAAACCAAGGCAACUGAAGUGAGUGUCUUGUUAAGAAUUAUUGUUACUAAGAACAAAUACAACUGAAUUUAAAGCAGCUGGGGUACUUGGGAUUUUAUAUAAAUAUUUGGCCUGUUUACAUCAACUGAUUUAUCAUUGAAGAUUAAUGACAAUUGUUAACAUAAGAACAAUAUGUAUGUAGUGUACAGUUCUGAAAUAAAUGUGUCACAGAUGGAAGAACUGUCUAGUAAUUUCAGAACAAAAACUAAUCUUUCUAGCAAAAUUAUUAUGUGUUUUUGUGUAUAUGCAUCCGAGUUGAAAAUUUUAAAUAACUUUUCCUCUGGUGGGAAAUGACAGAACUGAUAUGAUUAGAAGUUAUGUAUUUUGAAAUGUUCAGUUACAUUCAUUAUUGUUUUGUAGCUGAUUGAAAUUGUUCAGAUCCGUGAGUGAGACGUUUAUUCUUGGAAGUGUGAAUCCUUUCCAAAUAGGUUACAGUUUGAUUACUGAAAACAUGUAGCUGCUAUUCUAUUGAGCUUAAACUUGAAUUAGUAAUAACAUUGUUUACCUAUUA